AAAAUAAUAAAUGAAUGUAUAAAGUUAUUGGCGGCAUGGAGAGCGGAGUUUAAGUUUAAUGUUUUAGCAUCGUUUGUGUUCGUUUCUGCUAUGAAAAAUGGAGGCUUCACCUGCAAUUUUUUAACGCUUUUGCGCAAGGUAAAGUGAACACCGAACAGAGCAACGACUAAAUGCCCACUCCACUGCAGUCUACUCAAAGGAUCGUGCUUACCAACCAAGCGUAUUACCGCUGCCCGUAUAUCGACAACUCACAUAAAGAUGGCGGAUAAGCUGGUCGUCGUUGCCAUACUCACUUUCAGCACAAAAAGUGUCUCUUGCGGUUUAAAGAUAGCGGAAACUGUCUAAGUUAUAUUAAGACGAGGUUAUAGGAAUAACAGAAGGCUAAUUUAUAACGCUAUAGAAUUUUGCACGAUGGAGCUGUUAGUCAUUUCGUCCGUAUUGCUUGGUCUUUGGAUGACCUGGUCUUUCUGGGCUCACAUGAAGUACAAGUGGAGUAACUUACAUGCCUUGAAAGCCCUCGCUGGAUUUCAGUUGACUGCAAACACCUGGAAUCUGACUAUUCACCUUUUGUUGUUGAUUCCUUGGCCAUUUUUGGGAUAUCUGAUAAACCCAGGAGAUUUUUUGUGGAAAGUGGACCCCAUCAUUUGCCGAUUGAUCACGGCGAUUCAGGAAAUUUCGUCUUUAACGUGCGUUGCAAACGCAGCUGGUAUUUUUGUGACAAAUCAGGGAAAAGAUGAACUUAAAAAGGAAAGAAAACGCAAGAUGGCCUUUCUCCUCGUUUCUGCAAUCUCGAUUAUGAGCGGACUAUCUGCAGUAAUUUACACAAAAAUCGUACCUCUCCUGAAACAUGGCACCAUGAGCGGAGCAAACUGUCCUUCACAUUCGUUUUCAGUGCUCUGCGGGUUGAUCGAGGUUAAAUGUGUCUUUAUUAUCUACGUGGCGUGCUCUGCGAUUUUGUUUUUUAGCAAUCCCUCAUUCACUGGCUCAAGGGCAAAACACAUUUUAAAGAUCUUUUUCAAAUGCUUAUCCAUAACAUACCGCCUGACUGCAACUUGUGCCCUAACGCUCGCUGUUAUGUUCAUGCCAUUCUAUUUUCUUGGUGGAUCGUUAUACAGUGUUACUUUCAACACAGUCAAACUGUAUUUCGAUGUCGUAACUCUUGCAGUGGUUAUAGGUUUUCCUGCGUUUUUCCACUCAGAUGUUGACAUGCGGUUCAGUACAUCACAAACUGUGCAAUCAUAUCUCUUGGACCAAAGUCCAGACAAGGAACAAAGAAAAGUAAAAAUAAGGAUAAAGACACAUUCACAAAAAAGUUGAAAAAAAAAAAAAAUUUACUGUCAGUGAAUCACUUUGAAUGUUCAUAUUCUAAAUGUAAAAUGCUUAAUAUAUUACGAAUAGAGAUCUUCACAUUUUUUGUUGGCAUUGUUGCAUGGCAUAGUUAGUAGUAAUUUAAAAUAUUUAGAAGUCUGGAACAAGAUUAUCUGUCUAAACAGUAGCCAUAUUAUAGCAUUUUCAAGUUUUCCCCAAAUUUUAGAGUAAUGUUUUCAUAAUUUAUUAAAGUGGCCAAGAUAAGACAAAAGUGUGUGAGUUAUCUGAGUAUUUCAUUAAUAAUAUUAUCAAAUGUUCAUAAAUUAUGUCUACAUAAUAUUCCCAAAUAUUUUUAUUAAAAAAUUACAAAAGUAGUAAAUCCAUAUAUUAAUUUCAUUAUGCAUUAUUUACAGACUGCAAAAAUUAUAUUGUGAUCUCUCGUUGCAAAUACCAGUAAAUUGGAACGAGAGAUUCAUUUUUACAUAAAAUAUUCUUGUGCUUUUUAAAGGUCGGCACACAUGAGGGAACUAGGUAGUCCCUGCAGCUAGUCCCUGCAACAAGUUGCGGGGACAAGUCCUAUCGUGUGAACUGGCCAUUUUUGCUUCAAAAUCUAG